GUCAAAAAGGGUCCCCCAAACCUUCCUAUUUAAACGCACCCUCGCCCGUUGACGACCGGAGGUCUUUCUUUUCUUCUUUUUGUCGCUAGGGUUUCUUUGCACUCGGGAACAAAGACUUGGAAGUAUGAGGCCGGUGUUCUGCGGAAAUUUCGACUACGAUACUCGCCAGUCGGAGCUGGAGCGGCUCUUCGGCAGAUAUGGAAGGGUGGAUCGCAUCGACAUGAAAUCUGGGUAUGCUUUUGUUUAUUUUGAAGAUGAACGUGAUGCUGAAGAUGCCAUUCGAGGCCUAGACAAUAUACCUUUUGGCUACAGUAGGCGCAGACUGUCAGUUGAGUGGUCAAGGCAAGGAGAACGUGGUCCACGACAUCGUGAUGGCUCUAGGUCAAUGGGAAACAUGAGGCCUACUAAAACACUUUUUGUUAUCAACUUUGAUCCAAUCCGUACAAGAGUCAGGGACAUUGAAAGGCAUUUUGAACCUUACGGGACGAUAUUAAAUGUUCGGAUUAGGAGGAACUUUGCAUUUGUGCAGUUUGAAACCCAGGAGGAAGCGACAAAGGCCCUUGAUUGUACAAAUAUGAGCAAGAUAUUGGAUCGUGUGGUAUCAGUCGAGUAUGCCUUUAGGGAUGAUGGGGAGUAUGGUGACAGGCGGGACAGCCCUAGAAGAAGUGGUUAUGGAAGGCAUGACAGCCCUUAUGGUCGCUCUCCUAGUCCGGUGUACCGCAGGGGGCGCCCAAGUCCUGACUAUGGUCGUGCUCGUAGUCCUGUGUAUGAUCGAUAUGAUGGACCGUAUAGUAGGAGCAGAAGUCCUGAUUAUGAUCGCUAUCCAAGCCGGUCUCCUGUUCGGAGGUCUAGGACUUGAAGCAUCUGGAUUCUGUGAGAAGUUCUGCAUUUUGAGCAAAUCACCAGUAGUUAUUAAGACUUUUCUGCAUCUGUUCCUUCUACUCUCUGGUCAGUCUUAGCAAGUGCACCAAUGUGGUUAUGUAAUAUUCUAUAAUUGGGUAUUAGAUUCUUGCCCCUUUUUUUUCUUGUAAAAUCUAUACUGCUAUGACUGGAUGUUAGUUUCUUCUUUAGGGUUUUAUAAGAUAAUUGCUAAUGGUUUUGUUCUCUUA